UAUUUUCAUAGAAAUUUUAAAAUAGUUUUCGAUUAUCGAUUAAAAAUGAUUGCUGUUAUCUGCAGUUCAUAUUGUGUAAUAUAUACUUUCUACUUCCUGAUCUGAUUACAAGUGUAAAUCAGUUGAUAGAAUUUACUGCGUGAUCAAUAGAAGUAAAUUUCUAUCGAAACUACCUUCCUCAUCCGCCGUAUCCAUCUGUCCAUGAAUACGGUACAACAGCAGUUAGCAGCUGGCAGCCGCAAUAAUGUCUGUUGUGGAUAAAAUUAAGCAUUAUCAGCGAAAUAUUGAAAAAUGCGAUGACAAUGAGGAUAGAAUACUACAUUGUAUUUCAAAGCUAUCUAAUUUGCCAGUAACGGUACAGCAUCUUCAAGAAACUGGUGUUGGACGUACUGUAAAUGCUCUAAGGAAAUACGAAGGUGGUAUAGGAGAUGCUGCUAAGGUACUUGUCGCAAAAUGGAAAGUGAUGGUGGCUAGCGAAGAAAGUAGCGACUGCGAAGAUGAAGAUGAAGCGUGUGUCCCUGAUGCACCUGAAAGUUAUAGCGACAGUCGCGAAUCUCCAAAAUCUGAAGAGUGUAUCGUAAGACAUAAAGGUGAAGAAACUGAAAAACAUUUGCAUAGGCACAAGAUGGAAAAAAGUGAAAUAUCAAAUGCUGCGCAUAGUAGUAAACAUGUAUCAAAACAAGAAUCUAAAUUAAAAUUGGAUAAAAGUCAAUCCAAAAACAAUUCUGAUGCUGCUAAAACUUCAGUAAGUGAGAUAGAAAAGCAAAAGAAACAUGAUAAAAAUAAACACAGCCAUAAGUACCAGUCAAGAAGCGAAAAAGAAUCUUUAAAGGAUAAUAAAAGUGCCUCUAAGAAAGAAGAAGUUCAUAGUUCCAAACAUCAAAAUUAUAGUAAAUCUGAUAGCUUGGAAAAAUACUCUAAUAAAUCGUCCGAUAAUAUUACUUUCUCUAAAAGCAACGAAGAUAAUCAGAAGAAACGAAAACUUGAUGGUUCGAGUAGUGGAAGAAAGGAAAGUAAACGAAGAAAAAAUUCAGAAAGUGAAAGCGACGACAGCAAAAUUUAUGUAUCGUCUACUUUUGAAAAGCAUAAUAGUAAUGCUAUAUCUAGUACAAUUAAAAUAAAAGAGGAGCCUAAAGAUAAAGAUGUAUCAGUUAAAACCGAGAUUAAGCUUGAAAAGAAAGAUCCUCAGGAAAAAUCAAAGGGAAAUUCCAGUAAACACAGAAGCGACCCAUCUUGUAGUAAGUUUAAAGACAAUGGAGAAAAACAUAAACAUAAAAAUGAACAUCAAGCACGUUGUAGUAAAGAUGAAAGUAAGAAAGCUGAAAGUUUGAAUUCCAAUAAGGAAUCUUCGGAGUCAAAGCAUAAUAGUUCCUCUAGUGAUAAGCAUCGCGAUAAAAGUAAAGAUAGAAGUAAAAAAAAAGAGUAUAAAGAUGGAAAAAGUAAACACGAAAGUAAAAGUAGUAAACAUUUAAAGCACUCCAAGCAUGGAUCAAAAGAACCAAAAGAGUUGGUAAAAAUCAAGCAAGAAAUAAAUGGGGAUGAAGGAAUUGAUUGCAAUUCUGGGGCUAGUUUUGCAGAGGCACUUGGUAUGUGCACCAUGGCUCAACCAUCUAGAAAACGUAAUAAUAAUCCGUCAAACUCUGGUUCAGCAAAAUUGGUCAAACCAGAACAAUCGACUACAAAUACUAAAAAACCAUUACCAAAAAGUGAAUCGACGAGUACUGAUCCGUUACAACCACCAUCUCUUUUAUCAUCGAAUGUAAAAUUAGAACCAUUAAGUGUGGAUUUGGCAUCUACGCUGCCCGAAAUUAGUCCCAAUUACAAACCAUUACCAUAUAUCAAUCCUAUGAAUCGUAAAGAAGAAGAUAAAGCUCUUACAGAUGUGAUUUAUGUAAAAAAUCAAAGGACAAAAGUAUAUUCUGGAAAUAAAUCUAGUUAUACAAGUGUGCCAACUCUGUUUGAAAUGUGUAUGAGAGUGCUGAUAGAAAACAUCGACGCACUUGAAUUUACUGGCGGCGUGCCUUUCGAUAUAAUAAAACCUGUUUUGGAACGUGCAACAUCAGAUCAAUUGUUUAUGUUGGAACAUUAUAAUCCCUAUUUAAUUGAAGAUACAGAUUGCUUAUGGCAGUUUCAUUGUAAUCGCGAAUUUAGAAAUAAACAAAGAGAGGAAAUGGAAUCGUGGCGUGAGAUGUAUAUGCGUUGUUUGGACGAGAGAGAAGCAAAGCUGAAAACACUCACAGCUAAUAUAAAACAAUCAAUCGACAAAUCUGUUCCUGUGAGAUCUACAAAACUUGCUUACGUGGAUAAUGUUGUAAAACCACCAAGAAACAUUCUUAAAAAACAAGCCAAAUAUGGUACUGCAAAUUCUGUACCUACUACUGCGUCCAGUUUAAAGAAAAAAUUAAUUAGCGGCGGAGGUCCUGCAGCCGCAACAAACAUUUCUGUUCCACCACCACCCAUGCCUCGUAUGAAAAUAUCAUCUGGUAACGUGAAGAAAACAAAAGCCCCUUUAAUGGCAAAAGCUCUGCAGUUAAUAAAAGGACGUUAUAAACGGUAGUUUAUAUAAAACUUAUCAAUAUACAACUACUUGAGUGUAAGUCAUACUCAUGCAUUAGGUUAUAAUUAAUUUUGCGUUUAUGCAUGAGUCGUAUCCGUAUACACUUCCGGUUACAUCGCUAUUUACAAAACCUGUAUUCUGAACAAAAAUAAGUUUACGAGGUUCGCAUGCUGCGUUAGGCAUUCCGCAUUUUACCAAAUUGAUUGUGUUAAAUUAAUCGUGUGGUGCUUUCAUAUCUACUACAUUUAAAUAUUAUAAUCAGGUUUAUAAAUUGUACAAGGAAAAGGUACACUAAUCGAAAUUUUUAAUGAUCUAUAUAGGAAUUUACAAAUUUUUUUUACAAGAUAACAAAGCAAAUACUUUUGCGGUUCUUUAUUCAAAGUGAGCAAUCAUGAGUAGUUGAUGUUUAAGUGACAAUAGCUUCAGUGCACAGAUACAGAGUGUAAUUAAAAUAUAUACAACAUGGAAUCUCUGCUUCUGUUCGUUAUGCUUAGUAAUGUUUAUUCGUGUAAAAAGUACCUAUUCAUACAAAAAUUCAAAGUUCCGUCUAUAUUGAAUUUGCUCCAUUUGUUGCUGUGAUUCAUUAAUUUCAUUAGAUUAUAAUUGUAAAUAUUUUCUUGUGGAAAGAUCUAGGAAGAUAUGUAACAGAAUAAAUAUCUUAAAAGCCGAAUAAAAUUAUAUCAAUCUCUAGUAUUAAGAGUGUAUUUUGCAUUCUAUCAUGAGUCAUAAUAAUAAAUCUAACCUCUCGAUGAUAUAAAGCAUCACAGAUUUCUCGAUUUAUGUAAAGAUGGAGUACAUUCAUAAGCAGUGAAUUAUAUAUAUAAUAAUAAUAAUGUAUUGGAAAAUUCGUUAAUUACAAAGGAAAUCAAUUAAAAUCACUAAUGAUUAGAAACACUGUAACACUGAAUUAUUUUAGAAAGUAGAAGUAAAUAACAUUCGAUACGAUUUCGAAAGGAUACAAAGAGGUAAGGUGAGAUCUGAAUCAGAGGGAUUAAAAAUAUAAUUGGCUGAAUAUCCAAGUAUAAAUAAAUCUAAAUGCUGCAUAUUAAUAUUUUUGUAAAUUUCUGUUUGAAUAGUAGACAUGAAUUAACACAUUAACUGCCGUAUCGAAUUUCGGAAGCCGGCGCUUUAAAUAGUAUUCAAUAAAAACGUUUAAAGAUGGCACAUUUGGCUCGGCAGUCUACUUGUUAAACAUUGUAUGAAAUUAAUGUUACAUUCUUCAAUCCGUGAUAUAUAUAUACACAUAUGUAUGUUUACGAGAGUUUGUAUUGAUUAUUUGUUUUUAACCUAAAACAUUGAUGUUUUAUAUAAUUCUUAUUAUAAAUAAGCUACAAUUCCGAUCAAUUGUAAUUGUCGUAAGCAUAUGAUUUAAACGAUAAUUUUAGCCAAAUUUUGAUUCAUAUUUCCGACAGAUUAUACUAGAAUGAUGUUUGUAAGUGAAUGUAUGUUAUUAAUUUUAUGUAGAAAAAAAAUAGAAUUACAUAUGUACACCCGAA